AACCCGUUUUAAUACGGACGGUUCGAGCUUUUUACUAAGGCUAAUAAACUUACACAUAACGAGCCUUAAAAUUUUAAAAAAAAUUAGUUCUGAUUGGAUCAAGAUAUUGAGUGUUGUUUUAUGAUAUUUUCCUAUAUUUAAGAUUGGAUAAAUGAUCUAAAUCAAGGGGUCAAGGGCUAUUUGAAUUUUCUAGCAUAUGCAAUAAAAAAAAAUAUGUCAGGUUGUACUUGAGUUGUUCACUUCAGGCUUGAGCCAUGUUUAUUCAGAUCGAGUUAUAUUCAAGUAAAAAGUCUAAUGACUCAAUUUGGCCCAAAUUACUAUAAGACCUAUUCACCAAACCAAAUUUGUUUUACUACACGAACCGAUUAUGAUACUUUCCCAAGUUUGUUUUACUUCACGAAACGGAACCGAUUAUGAUAUUUUCCUACGAAAUCGAUAUGCAACCCUUACACGAUUUACACCACAUUACAUUAAAGUCUAAAAUGUUACGGAGUAUUUUGUUUUGGUGCGAACGAGCAAGCAAUAAGGGCGAUACAAAUGGAUAAUGCUUGAUUCGAUCAUGUGAAAUAUCAUAAACAAAAAAUACAAGCGUUCACUGUAGGCCCCGUCUUAACCAUUAGACCAAAACCUCACCAUUUUAUAAUAGUCACUCUUUGAAUCUGAAUGACUACCGCGCAAAAGUUCUGGGAAGGUGACAACAAAACCAGUACUCUCUCCAUAUACAACAAUGGCAGAACCCAAAUAUACAUUCUUCAAAACCUCAAUUUCCUGCUUACUUAGCCAAUGCAAGAACAUGAAAGACCUUACAAAAAUCCAUGCCCAGAUUAUAAAAUCCCCUAAAAUUUCAGAAUCAGACCGUUAUUUCCUCACAACUCGCCUACUCUUCUUUUGCGCAAUUUCAGAAGCAGGUUCUCUUCCUUAUGCUACCAAAGUUUUCAACAAUUUGGAAAUGUCAAACCUUUAUGUUUACAAUGCGCUAAUUAGAGCUUAUGCUAGCAAAUCAUAUUCUGGGCAGUCUAUUAAUUCUUGCCCCUCUUUAAAUUUGUAUAUUAAAAUGCUAAGAAAUGGGAUUACUCCUGAUAAUCUUACUUUCCCAUUUGUGUUAAAGGAGUGUACUAGAAGGGUUGAUGGAUUAAUUGGUAUGGUUGUGUAUUCCCAGAUUGUGAAAUUUGGGUUUAAUUAUGAUGUAUAUGUUCAGAAUUGUAUGAUUAGUUUUUUGUGUGAAUGUGGGUUUCUGGGUUGUGCGCAGAAGGUGUUUGAUAAAAUGCCUGAGAGGGAUGUUGUUUCUUGGAAUUCGAUGAUUGUUGGGUGUUUGAGAAAUGGGGGGGUUGAUUUAGCAUUGGGUAUGUUUAGGAAGAUGGAGAAGCGGAGUAUUUACACUUGGAAUUCUAUGAUAACAGGUUUUGUUCAAGCUGGUAAACCAAAGAUUGCUUUGGAGUUGUUUCAGGAAAUGCAACUAAGGAGUGAUGAUGGAGUUAGGCCUGAUAAGAUAACAAUUGCUAGUGUUGUUUCUGCUUGUGCAUCUCUUGGCGCAAUUGAGUAUGGAGAUUGGGUAUAUGAUUACCUCAAGAAGAGUGGGUUGCAGAUUGAUAUGGUGACUGAAACAGCAUUAAUUGACAUGUAUGGUAAAUGUGGACGCGUUGAUAAAGCAAUUGAAACGUUUAGAAAUAUGCCAAAAAAGGAUGUUUUGGCUUGGACUGCCAUGAUCUCGGCUUAUGCUCUUCAUGGGUAUGGAAAAGAAGCUUUGGGUCUUUUAAAUGAGAUGGAAUUGAAGGGAAUGAGGCCUAACCAUGUCACAUUUGUUGGCCUUUUGUCAGCAUGUGCUCACGCUGGUUUAGUAGAGGAAGGCCGUUGGUGUUUUGAUAUAAUGACACGUGUUUACUCAAUUGAGCCGUGUGUUUAUCACUUUGCUUGUAUGGUUGAUAUACUCAGUCGAGCUGCACUUUUUGACGAGGCAGAAAAGCUUAUCAGUGGCAUGCCAAUGGAGCCGGAUGCCUAUGUUUGGGGUGCAUUGCUUGGUGGUUGUCAAAUGCACAAGAAUGUAGAGUUAGGGGAGAAGGUUGCUUUGAGAUUGAUUAAUUUGGAUCCCCUGAAUCAUGCUUUAUAUAUCAAUCUAUGUGAUAUAUAUGCUAAAGCUGGUAGAUUUGAUGAUGUAAAGAAAAUAAGAAACUUUAUGCAAGAAAAGGGAAUUGUAAAGGACAUGCCAGGCUCCAGCAGUAUUGAAGUUGAUGGUGUUGUUCAUGAAUUUUCUGUUAGAGGAUCACCUGAACUUGUGAUGGAUGAACUAGUUUGGUUAUUGAAUGGACUAAAAAAUGAGAUGAAGAUUGGUUUUCAAAGAAAUGAUUUGGAUGUUGAAUAACCAACUAGCUGUGAAUGUAUAUGAUGGGAUAUGAAUGAUUUCACUGAUUCGAAUAAAUAUAUGCCUGGAAGUUGAAUUCAGAGAAUCACUCGUAAAGGAGGUCUUGCACUGCCUUCAGAAAAGAGAGACUUUCAGAACACCUCAAGACCAAAACUUGUACUCCAUAUUAUAAUAAAGUCAUUCACAGAAGAUGACUUCUAGAUUAUUUACAAGAUCCUGUGACCAUAUUGGUGCAAAGUCAAUAACCUCUGCACACAGAAGAACGCCAACUUCUUAUUGGAGGAUGAAGAUACAACCAUGCAGAAUUUGGAAUGCUCAAAUAGUUUGGAAAAUAAAUUUGGUGGCUGAUUUCCGGUCAAGCCAAAGAAAAUGUUCGACUGUUUGUUCUCUCUUUGAAGUUAUACAAGCUUGUUUCUGGAAGACAUUGUUGAAAGAAUGUUAUACAUACAUGGAAUUCAUGCAGAUCGUUUUUCAAAGUAACAAAGCUAAGCAGCAAUGCAGCAUGAUGGGUUCCCGGCAUCUGAUUUCAGUUUCCGAGUCCAAGUAGCAUAGCUAUUGUGUAGACAGGGCAAAAAUCAACCCGGACCUGGAAAUAAUGGGUCUUGAACAAAAUUAUGUGACCUGUAACUCGAUUUUAUCCGGAACUCAAACAACCCAAAAAAUAAUGGGUUGACCGAACCCAUUUUUGGCGAUCGAUUGAAAAUCGUUGUAUUCAUAGUAAUAAAUAAGAUUAUGAGGAAUUUUCAACACAGUUAACAUGUUACUAUUGUUAGGUGUAAUAUGAUUUUGAUUUAAAUUAUAGACUAUUAUAUGAUUGUAUUUGACAAUAUAUAAAUUUGUGUAUGAUAAUUUAUUAAUUUGUGCAAAUAUUGUGUAUAUUUUAUUGAUAUAGGUUUAUAUUUAAUACGCAAAUUAAUGAAAAUAUAAUACGUGUUUUAUAAUCGCUCAGCCGGUUGAAUCGACCCGAACUCGAAAGUUCUAGGUCAUGAACAAACAUUUGUAAACCCGAACGCUAAAGUGACUGACCCAGACUAAUCUUAACCGAAAAGUAAUUUAUUAUAACCUGAUCCGAUCGACCCGUUUUAUAGGUCUAAUUACCGGCAUCUGAUUUUAGUUCCGGAGUCCAAGUAACAUACGAAAUAUAUACUCCCUCCGUAUUUAUUUAAGAGAUACACUUGGCCGAGCACGGGUAUUAAGAAUAAGAAUUAAAUGAAAUAAAACAAUAAAGCAAGUGGAGUUGGAUAGAUAUUUUAAUAAUUAAACAAGUGGUGACCAUGUCAUUUUGGUGGGUGGGUGGGAGGUGGGGUGGUUUAUGAAAUUAUUUGUUUAAUAGGGUGGUGGGUGAUAGGGUAAAUUAGAUGUAUUAUUUAAUUAGAUGGUGGUUUGAUAAGUUACUAAAAAUGGCAAGUGUAUCUCUUAAAUAAAUACGGCCGGAAAAGGCAAAUGUAUCACUUAAAUAAAUACGGAGGGAGUAGUUAUUACCAAGUGUAUAGUGGACUAAGUUACCUAGACCUUAUCAACUAUAGCCGGUCCGCUGGCCCGACCAGCCCGAAAAAAUGCAGGUUUAGGUAGCCUAAAAUAUGUAUUUCUAGACCAAAAUCUGACCCAGGCCCAAAAGCCCGUUUAGGUCAGCACCAAAUUUAUGGGUUUGGGCAUGAUUUUUUUUGUUAACGUCCUACCCGGCCCGAAUUUUAAU